AUGGCGGAAGACGAUGAUGUCGAGAUGCAGAACCCAGAAGCGGCAGAGGAGGAACAUAUGAUGUACGGCCAUGGCACAAUGACUGAACAGGAACUCGAUGAGAAGUAUCCCAAUCGGCCUCACAAUCACUCCAAGACUCUGCCAUUCCAUGAGCUGUUUACACAUCUUUUCAAUCCACUGAACGACAAUAAAAAGAAACCCACAGGACCAGCGCAGGCUCGCAAGAAGGUUGGAACUGAUGGACCGAGGAACAACCCCAACGAGAUCAGACGAUCAAUCAUAGACAGAUUCAUCGGAAGAUGGCGCAAAGAGGUCGGCAACGACAUUUAUCCUGCUUUCCGCCUCAUCGUGCCUGAGAAGGACCGCGAUCGAGGCAUGUACGGGUUGAAGGAGAUGACACUCGGCAAGCUCCUCGUUCGCGUCCUGAAGAUCAACAAGGACAGCGAAGAUGGCUACAACAUGCUGCACUGGAAACUGCCUGGAGCGGAAUCUGGGAGUUCAACAGCUGGUGACUUUGCAGGAAGGUGUUUCAAUGUCAUCAGCAAGCGCCCAAUGCGACAAACACCGGGAGACAUGACCAUUGCUGAGGUCAACGAACUACUUGACCGCCUGUCGGUCGCCCAGAAGGAAGAGAACCAGCGUCCCAUUAUCGAAGAGUUCUACAAUCGCAUGAACGCCGAGGAAAUGCUAUGGCUCAUCCGCAUGAUCUUGCGUCAAAUGAAGGUAGGCGCAACGGAGAAGACGUUCUUCGACAUUUGGCACCCAGAUGCUGAGAAUCUCUUCAACAUCUCGAGCAGCUUGAAACGUGUGUGCUGGGAGCUCUACGAUCCGGAUGUACGACUAGAAGGCGAUGACGCCGGCAUAUGCUUGAUGCAGUGUUUCCAACCACAAUUGGCCGCCUUCCAGAUGCGUUCCAUGGAGCAGAUGGUGGCGAAGAUGAAUCCGAUUGAAGAAGACCCUGUUUUCUGGAUCGAAGAGAAGCUUGACGGCGAGCGUAUGCAGAUGCACAUGAUUGAAGAUGAGAAUAUGCCCGGUGGUCAUCGCUUCGGGUUCUGGUCGCGCAAGGCGAAAGACUACACCUACCUGUAUGGUAAUGGCUUCGAAGACGACAAUGCAGCAUUGACACGGCACAUACGAGACGCGCUCAAAGACGGCGUGCGAAACAUAAUCCUGGACGGCGAGAUGAUCACCUGGGAUAUGAAGGAAGACUGUGUGGUCGGCUUCGGCACACUGAAAACAGCUGCCCUGGAACAACAGCAAAAUCCAUUCGCGGGUGGACAUCGUCCACUCUUCAAGGUGUUUGACUGUUUGUAUCUCAACGACAAGGACCUCACACGGUACACUUUACGCGAUCGGCGGAAAGCGCUCACUUCCAGUAUCACAUCCGUCAAGCGUCGACUAGAAAUUCACGAGUACCAAGAAGCCCAAGAAGCGUCUGAGAUCGAUCUUAUCCUACGUCAAGUAGUGGCUGAAGCAAGUGAAGGCCUGGUGCUGAAGAAUCCUCGAUCCCCAUAUCGGCUCAACGAGCGCAACGAUGACUGGAUCAAAGUUAAGCCCGAGUACAUGACCGAGUUCGGCGAGUCGUUGGACUGCGUUGUCGUCGGUGGCUACUAUGGCUCUGGCAAACGAGGCGGAGGCCUGAGCAGCUUCAUGUGUGGCCUCAGAGUCCCCGCCGUUAUCUUCGAAGCGUUCCCUAACACCAACCCUCAGAAGACUUGGUCCUUCUUCAAAGUCGGCGGUGGCUUCAGCGCCAACGACUACGCUGAAAUUCGACAUCGAACAGACGGUAAGUGGAUAGACUGGGACAGGAAGAAGCCACCAACGGACUGGCUCGAGCUGGGCGGCGGUGAUCGCCAAUACGAGAAACCCGACGUAUGGAUCAAGCCUGAAGACUCAGUCGUGAUCUCCGUCAAGGCUGCUCAAGUUGGCGGCACCGAGCAAUUCAGGUUAGGGGCCACCCUGCGCUUUCCUCGCUUCAAAAAGCUGAGGACGGACAAAGAUUGGACGCAAGCACUCAGCGUUGACGAGUUCAUCGCGCUCAAGAACGAAGCUGAACACGCCAAAGAAGAGAAGAAGUUCAAGAUUGACGAGGCGCGAAAGCAACGAACGACUCGGAAGCGCAAGCGCGCAUUGAUCAUUCAAGGCCAGGAAGACGAAGUAACAACACCCUAUGCUGGACCUGCUACAAAAGUCUUCGAAGGCUUGAGCUUCUUCGUAAUGAGCGAGGCGCCAAACCCAAUCAAGAAGUCCAAAGCUGAGCUUGAAGCAUUGAUCAAAGCCAACGGCGGUAACAUCGUUGCAGCAGAGACAGAUCCCCACACAAUCCUCAUCGCCGACCGGCGUGUGAUCAAAGUUGCCUCUAUCGCGAAGCGUGACGAGAGAAACAUCAUUCGACCGAGCUGGCUACUCGAUUGCGUGAAGCAGAGUGAAGCUGACAUUGGGCGGCCUGGGCUGUUAUUACCGUUCGAGCCGCAACACUUACUGCAUACGAUGUCGUCAGAAGAAGGAAGGUACGACGAUAAUGUUGAUGAGUACGGUGAUAGCUAUGCUCGAGAUGUAACACCAGAGGCUCUGCUCCAGCUGUUCAAGAGUAUGCCCUCCAAGGUUGAAGAUGGCUUCGAGCCAGCAGAGAUCCUCGAUCAGCUCAAUGAUCAUGGACAUGAGCUUGAUGCGAUGCCUGGCUGGAUGUUUCACGGUGUCACGGCAUUCUUUGAGGACGUCGCCUUCGAGACCACCAGGCUGUUCGAGUUCGCUGGAGGCACUGUGGCAGACUCGAUCGAAGACGAUUUGGUCGCCCACGUUGUGGUGCCGAAGGGUGAUGCAGGUGCUGCUCGGCGCAUGCGUAAAGCUAUUGCCAAUAAGAAGCAGUUGCCACGCAUAGUCAGCCAUGACUGGGUGACGGACAGCUGGGCAGAAGGGACCCGGCUGGAUGAAGAGCGAUAUGCGCAGACUUGA